AUGGCAGGACUUGUUCUAUCGGUACAACCAAGUGCUUUCGACAAAGCCGACCGAUCGCAAACGCUAGCAAACGAAUCAUUCUCAGUGAACGAUCUCGAUCCGACGAUUCGAGAAGCAUUCCCCAAGUUGAAAACGUUCAAUAAGAUACAGCUGGCAGUCGCUAGAACCGUUUUGCAAACAGACGAUUCAAUCAUUGUCAAUGCGCCCACCGGUUCUGGGAAAACCGUAAUCCUUGAGCUUGCCAUGGUUAAGCUUGCUCGCGAAGCAAGGGAUAGUACGUUCCGGAUCCUCUACCUAGCACCGACACGUUCGCUCUGUGCGGAAAAGUUUCAAGACUGGAAGGUACGUUUCGCUCCGCUCGGCAUUAGUUGCAUUCAGUUCGACGGCGACAAUAUGGUCGAAGAUAUCAGCAAGCUCAGCAGUCAUCGGCUUAUUCUAAGUACGCCGGAAAAAUGGGAAGUAUUUACGCGCCAUUGGGAUGACCAGAAUGUGGGAUCCGUGCUGCGUCCCAUCCGGUUGUUUUUGAUAGACGAAGUUCAAAUCAUCAAUGACAGCGAACGUGGAUCAACUCUGGAGCUGGUGGUGUCCCGUAUGAAGUACAUCGAUUCUCGACUACGUAGAGAACAACCGAACGUCAGCGAGACCCCGGAAUCCAUCCGGUUCAUUGCCGUUUCAGCCUGCAUCCCUAACGUGGACGAUUUUGCAGCAUGGCUUAAAAACGAUCGGAACGUGAUUCCGUUUUCCUUUGAUGAAACUAAUCGGACGACGAGAAUCGAGCGCCACGUGCUAAAUUUUCCUUGCGCCUCGAAUCCGUUCAAGUUUGAAAUGAAUCUCAAUUAUAAGCUGCCGGCGAUCAUCGAUCAGUAUUCGCGCCAGAAACCAACGCUUGUCUUUUGUACGUCACGUAAAAGCGUAGAAUCGACCGCAAAAUUCCUAGCUCGUACGAACAUAAAGCGUAGCAUCCCGACAGGACCAACGCUUAAUGAGCUGGCCAAUAAUUUGGCAAACCGAAGCUUGCAGGAGUGUGUAGCGAAAGGUGUCGCUUACCAUCAUGCUGGAUUGCUGCACAGCGAUCGCAACCAGAUCGAAAAUCACUUCCGUACCGGACAUAUAGCAGUGCUUUGCUGUACCAGCACUCUCUGCAUGGGUGUCAAUCUGCCCGCCUACCUGGUGAUUGUCAAGUCUACGUUCAACUACAUGGGCAAGGAUUACACCGAUAACUAUAUUCUGCAGAUGAUCGGUCGUGCCGGACGUGCUGAGUACAAUGAGGAUGGUGUAGCGGUCAUACUGACCACAGACGCUAAUCUGGCCCGUUAUCAGAAGAUUGUUACCGAAACGGUUCCGAUCGAAUCGCAGCUAUGUAGGAAACUUCCAGAGCUACUAAAUUCAGAGAUAGCUCACGGCAUCAUAUACGAUCAGCCAGCCGUGAUGGAAUGGAUAAAGUCCACAUUUUUCUACAUCCGUGCCCGGAUGAACCCGCCACACUAUCAACUGACCGGUGGGCGGCUUAUCGACGAAGAAAUAGAAAAGCUUUGCAACGACACGAUAGAAUCUCUCGAAGCGAAUGAAUUGAUUGUAAAGCAACGGGCUAACACGAUCGCUUCAUCUGCCUGCGGUCGAUUGAUGGCACGCAACCAACUUUCCUUCCAAACGUUGAAACUGCUUCAGCAGGAUCUGAAUGGCAAGGAAAUGCUGGACGAAAUGCUUGUCCUGAUCACAAGAGCCAACGAAUUCGCUGAGUACAAGUGCCGGCAAGGAGAGAAAAAGAUUCUUAACACCCUAAACGGACCAACGAUCUCUACUUCGUUCUGUGACGGAGGAGAUGACCUGGCCGCUGGAAUACGGUUCCGCUGGCCCAGACGCAUCAGUACAACCGGUUCGAAGGUAUAUUGCCUAGUGCAAGCUAUAUUCGGAAAUCUAAACAUUCCUGAUCACAGCUUACAUCAGGAAGCGGCUAAAAUCGUGACCCUUGGUGCACGAAUUGCUCGGUUUGUGGUCGGAUUACUAACCGCCAACCGGGACCAAUUCAAAUCCGGCUGCUUGCGAGCACUCGUCAGCGUAACAACAUUGCUGCAAUGCUUUCAAACCAAACUUUGGGAGGACAGCCCGUUCCUGACCAAGCAACUUGGACAGAUCGGACCAAAGCUGGCCCGUCAUCUAGCAGAUCAUGGUAAGGUAACAUUCAAAGCCUUGCGUAAUUCUGAUCCUCGGGAAAUUGAGUGCAUUCUCAAGAAGCAACCACCGUUUGGUAACGAUAUCAUAAACUUUGUCGGAGGUUUACCGGAGUUCACCAUCGAACUGAAGAAGCACCAAUUAGAUCCACCCAGUUUCACCUGUACUGUUGAACAGAAAAACAUCGAUUAUGAUCCUGAGAUAUCGGUAAGCUUCAGCAUUGUAGUAGGUGAUUCCGCCAAUCGAGUCUUACUGCAUCUAGACAGCUGUACCAUGGAGAACAUACCGGUGAUGGGUUGUACGUGGCCUUUGGCGAUAAAGGACAACUCUAUCGAAUCACUAUCAGCCUACCUGAUCUGUCAGAACUGGACCGGGUUGGACUGUUCACAUACGUUGUGGCUCGUGGAGCAACCGGUAAUCGUCAAACAUCGUCAAACUGCUAUUACUCACUUCUUUCCAAACACUUCUGUAAACGAUUCCACACUGGCGACGGAAAAACUUACUUUGCCAUCUGCACAAGAAUUAUCCCGACUUCGAUUGAAUAUUUCCAAAGCAAAUGAUUCGCUCCAUUCCGUGCUGAAACAGUCCGCACUUGACAUAUCCCGGUAUGCACUGAACACUUCGAAAAUGAACGAAACGAGUAAUAAUAAUGUUACAAACACUAGUAAAACCACCGAUGAGAAAUGCGAUGUUCCUGACAUGGUCGAGAAGCCUCUUCGCUCAAUUUUAAAGCCCGUUCCCGGUAAAAAAGCCCAAGCCAUUGCUCUGCUAAACACCUUCGAGUGUCCAACAAUUGGACACAAUCAACACCACUUCCCAAUGGCAGAUGAUUCCCCAACAGAAGUGGAGAUAUUCCGACAGGAUGAGAUACAGUACAUUUUUCAGCCAGAAAAAUGUUCCUUAAAUUUCACACUCUGCAGUCCGGUCGAUGAUAUAGUGGAAUGCUUCAAAAAGCACAACACUUUUAUGCCCGAGCGUAAAACGAUUCCAGAACUCCCGAAACCCCUUCCGGUGGUGGAUAAAGUUGAGCGAAAAAAGAAAAACUUUGAUCUUGGAUCUGCCUGGGAUGUAAUUUGCUCGGAUGAGGAACUCUAA